AUGGGCAGGUCAUCAACGAAGUCUGUUGCCCGUGUGUAUCCCGAUGUUAAUAGUCGCCUAGGCUCCUCGUGGUAUGAAUAUGACAAUCUUCAAGUACAGUGGGGAUCCCAAGAUCAUUAUGAAAUUGUGCGGAAAGUAGGACGCGGCAAAUACUCAGAGGUUUUCGAGGGCAUAAACGUCGUCACUGAGGAAAAAUGUAUCAUCAAAGUGCUGAAGCCAGUUAAAAAGAAGAAGAUUAAAAGAGAAAUCAAAAUUCUUCAAAAUCUCGCUGGAGGCCCCAAUGUCGUUGCCCUUCUAGACGUCGUUCGCGACCCAACAUCCAAGAUUCCAAGCCUUAUCACGGAAUAUGUCCAUAAUGUUGACUUCAAGGUUCUCUACCCCCGAUUUACCGACCAUGAUGUCCGAUUCUACAUGUUUGAACUACUCAAGGCUCUUGAUUACUGUCAUUCUAAAGGUAUCAUGCAUCGGGAUGUCAAACCACACAACGUGAUGAUUGAUCAUGAACAUCGCAAGCUACGUCUCAUUGACUGGGGUCUAGCUGAAUUUUAUCAUCCCAAGACCGAAUACAAUGUACGAGUCGCCUCCCGAUACUUCAAGGGUCCCGAAUUACUCGUCGAUUUCCAAGAGUAUGACUAUAGUCUCGAUAUGUGGAGCUACGGGUGCAUGUUUGCUUCUAUGAUUUUCCGCAAAGAACCUUUCUUCCACGGUCAUGACAAUUACGAUCAACUUGUGAAGAUUACCAAAGUUUUAGGGACCGAUGACUUGUACGCCUAUAUUGACAAAUACAACAUUCGUCUUGACCCCCAAUACGACGAGCUGCUUGGAAGAUAUCCGAGGAAACCUUGGACAAGAUUCAUUACAUCCGAGAAUCAAAGGUAUAUCUCGAACGAAGCUAUCGAUUUUCUGGAUAAACUUCUACGCUAUGACCAUCAAGAACGUCUCACAGCACGUGAAGCUCAGGCCCAGCCCUACUUCGAUCCCGUUCGAACUGAGGCAACCCCAGUUGCUGCAGGAGGAGAGAGUGAUUCCGCAUCAUCAGCUUCACCGUAUAUUCCAAACCCGUGGAUGGUCGUUAACGAGGCUCAAAACUUCGGAACAUCUCUGAACAUGUUGUCCGCGCAGUACAAGAUAUGGUGGCACGUGAGUUCAACAACUUAG